AGUGAUCCCGACAACGUCGCUUUCUGCGUGCUGGCCACGGACGAGGAGGACGAGGGGGACAUUGCCCUGCAGAUCCACUUCACCCUGAUCCAGGCCUUCUGCUGCGAGAAUGACAUUGACAUUGUGCGGGUGAACGACGUGGCCAAGCUGGCGGCCAUCGUGGGGCCCAGCGAAGAGUCCGGGGAGCCGCGGGACCUCCACUGCAUCCUCAUCACGAAUCCGAAUGAAGAUGGCUGGAAGGACCCAGCUCUAGAAAAGCUGAACUUAUUUUGUGAAGAGAGACGAAAUGUCAAUGACUGGGUGCCAACCAUCACCCUGCCUGAGUGAUGGUGACCCAGUGCAUUGGGGAGGCUGAAACCUUUGUUGCAUUGUCAACGUGGCAUGGGUUCACUGAAGUGUGCAACAAGCUGCUGAUUCCAUGGAUUAGCCUGGUCAAGAGACUGGAUUAAAGUCACUCAGACUGGCAUGCCGCGGGCUCUUAUGGAAGAGAAAGAGGAGAACCGCUCGCCUCACCAGUGAGCCUCAGUAGGCUGCAACCGCGGAGGGGCUGACAUACCGUGGAACUGAAAGAAGUAUUACAAGUUUCCUGGUCAAGUGGAGCUGUUUCAGAAGGCAGAGAGAAAGUUGCGGGAAGUGGGCCAAAACUUCCCAGAAGGACUGUGCAGAGUACUGUAACUGGGAACUGUUAGUGCUCUUUACAAAACUCAGAAGAAAGUGUCGACAUUUGAUGGACUGCUAGGGACUGGUUACUAGGGCAAAUACAGAGACUCCAAAGUGGACAGACUUCAACAGGCCUCUUGGGUCACUUUGCAGAACUGUUUUAAUAAUGCAAUAAUUUUUAUUGAAAUAUUUGCUAUUGAAGCUUUCAUAAUAAAUUUUUUACAAUU